AUGACGACGAUAAAAACCUCGAAAUCCAACAUCUCCGACAAUGAUAUUGAUGCUGUAUUUCGUGCUAGCAAACGUUUAAAGACUGAAACUAAUGAGACGUUAACAACUAUGACAUACGACAGGGCAACGAUCGAAUUCCGAACCAGAGAUUGUCGUACAAAUUUUCCAUGCUCCGAUCACAACAUCCGAGAGUCUAAUUUCCAAAACCUUUAUACCGUUCAAGAUGUACUAAGCAUAGUCAACUGCGGUUCUUAUCAAUCCAUGGUAAAAAAGGACGAGAGAUCGAGCAUCAUCCAUGGCGAUUUCCAAUUCACGUGUAUCCAACUAUUUCGAAAGGAAUUAACUCCGAGUGAUGUUGGGAAGUUGAACAGGCUCGUGAUCCCAAAGAGACAUGCAAUCAAACACUUUCCGUGCAUUCAAAACAAUCACCAACGCUUGAUCAACGGUGGAUACGAAGAUCUCGAACUUAUAUUUUACGAUAAGUCGAUGAAAACUUGGAAGUUCCGGUAUUGUUAUUGUCGGAGUAGCCAAAGCUUUGUGUUUACAAGGGGAUGGAGUCGAUUCGUGAAGGAUAAGAAACUAAGGGAAAGAGAUGUGAUUGUGUUUUACGCGUGCGAAUGCCCCGAUGAACAAGAAGAUGGUGUGAGUUUCUUCUUGAUUGAUGUGAAUUAUAUCAAUGGUGAAGGGGAAAAUAGGGAGUUUCAGAGAAAAGAAUCAUCGUCGGUUCAUCAUGAUCAGGGUGAUUUGCAUGUAGAUUUGGGAUUGAAUUUGGGGAAGAAAUUUUGCUGCAAAUUAGAUAAUGAUAACGAGAAUAAUGGAGAACAUUGUGGUUUCAAUGGAUUGAAAUCAUCUGAUAAUGUAAAGAGAAAAAAUGUUACUUUGUUUGGAGCACAGAUUAAUUAA